AUGCAGCAAAAUGCACAACUUCCAUGUCUUCCAGGAUUUAAUUUCGAUACAAACAUUGGUCGAACAAACUUUUGUAGAAAUCAAUUUUUCACUAAGAUUCAUGAUGGAAUUUAUUAUUUAUCAGAAAAGUUUGAUAAAACUGAUCCUAUUCAUUUUCCAUCGAUUUAUGCUCGUGGAGAAGCUCAUGAAUUACCUCCUUGGAUUGCCUAUGAUGGCCAAAGGUUGAUGUUUAAAGCAUUUUUUCAAGAAUCGGUUCAUGAAAGAAACACAGCUUAUCAAGUACGCGUAGUGAAUAUUAGUUUCUUUUUGGAGGAUGGAACAAUGAAAAUUUCUGAACCUUCCGUGAUUAAUAGUGGUCUUGAGCAAGGUAUUUUAUUAAGAAGACAGAGAAUUCCAAUGCCUGAUCCAGUAAGAUAUAGAUUCUACGAUAUUAUUGAUUUAAAUAUCGGUAAAGAACCGGAAAUUUAUGGAAGAGUAUAUAAAAUUGUAGACUGCGAUAAAUUUACAAGACAAUUUUUAAAUCGUAUGGGAAUCCCAGUUCCAGAUCCUAUAGAAAUACCAAAAGAUCCCCAUAUGGAACUUCACAAACAGGAAAGAUUUCCAAAGAAUCCAAAGCGGACGAUUGAUACUCUCGGCGAUUUUUUAAAAUAUGAUAGACAAGUACUUCGAUUUUAUGGUUAUUGGGAUGACACGGAUAGUCUUUAUGGCAUUGUCCAUGAUCUUGAAAUUCAUUAUUUUCUUUGCGACAACACAAUGGAGAUUAAAGAGAAUGUGCCAGAGAAUUCUGGACGAGAUACCGGUCUUAUGUUUCUGCGACGUAUGAAAGUGCCUAAAUUUUUUAGUGAACUUGAUCCAAUUGGAACGAGUGAUCUUUUCUCUGUUCUGAAUGUGUUGGGAGAGGACAUGAUUCAUGGUUACUACACGAUAGAUUCAUUGAACACUGGAAAAGUUAAUAAAGAGUAUUAUAAAGAAAAUGAGCUUAGUAUCGGUGCAAAAAUAAAUAUUUUUGGUAAAAAAAUUAUUAUAACAGAUAUGGAUGCUUUUACGAAGGAAUUCUACAGGAAAAAAUAUGGUUUGAACGAAUUUACACCAAUGGAAAGACCUCGAAAACGUGAUGAGAUUUGCAUAAAAAUGGAAAAAUAUAUUCCACCUUACAAUGGUUUCGGCACUUACGAAGAUUCUCUCGGAAAUUGUUUUGCUAUGAUACCGCAACCACCGAAAAAAGAUAUCACUAAAUUUUUGCAUUACGAUAAAGAGGGUUUUAACAGUCACGUUUUAAGAUUCAGAGCAAAAAUGAUAUCGAAUAUACCAGAAAACGAAGAUAGAAUAUUUAUUGUAAGGGUUUUCCUUAUGGAUGAUACGAUUUCUAUCUAUGAAUUGGCGAAAAGAAAUUCAGGUUUUACGCGAUGCGAGUUCCAGAAGAGGAUGCCAAUAAUGUUGCCUAAUCAAGAGAUAUUUGUAAGCAAGAAACCGGAUUAUUACAAGCCUGAAGAUUUCUAUAUUGGAGCACGUCUUAACUUGAACAAUUUUAUCUUCGAAAUGAUCUCUGCUGACAUUUAUGCUCUUCGUUACAUGGAGUUACAUUGCGAUAAGUUUCCAAAAGCUAACGCAAAAUUAAUCCUAGAAAAGAUACGGGCAGCGUUGAAACCAGUUUAUAAGGAAUUUAUACAACUUUAUACAACAGAGAAAUUAAACGAUGAGGAUCAAAUAUUGCCAUACGAAAAACUCAGAGAAAUCUUGCUUCAAUAUUUAAAAGAUGAUAUAACGGAACACGAAAUAAUUACAAUUGCUCGACAUUACUCGUCUCACGAGAAGAAAGAAUUUCAUACUCGGGAAUUCAUAAGACAAUUAAUACAUACAGAGGUUAUACGAACCUUGUGGAACGAUCUCGAUCGUUUGGAAGAAGAUUUACAUAAUUGUGACAGAGGAAGAACAGGAUUUUUAUCACGUGAUAGAAUAUAUAUUACUCUUCGUGGUUGCAAGGUUCCAAUUGACGUAGAACUUUUAAAUUCUAUGCUUGACCACAUUCAUACGAACGAGAAUGGGAAAUUGGAUUAUAAUGAUAUGCUUAGAUUUAUGAAUGUAAAAGUAGAUCCUCUUCCUCCGGCUCUACCGAUAAACAUCAAGUCGGCUCUCUGGUGGGCAUCGGAAAAGCAACCGGAUUGUGGGACUGGUAUAUUAUGGUGUGCACUUAUAAAAGAUUUAGAUAUCAAAAUAGAAGAAACGGAUGAAACGAAUGAAACGGAAAAACCGAAAGAAAUAGAAAAUAUACGAUAGAUCAAAUGAUAUUUUUAUACG